UCGGAGCCGUCUGUCAAUUUUCGUAAUUUCUCGCACAAAAAUUUAAUGUCGGCUUAUGAUUCCUUUAUCAUCACCGAUCACCGAUCAAUAAAUUUCCCCUCACCAACUGUUCCGAUCCGAGAAAAUUGAAGAAGCAGCAAAUACGCAGUGAGAUGAUGCGGGCCAGAGGGCUCGCCCGGUUAGCGAGGUCGGGCUACGCCCGUGGUCAAUGGGUCUACUCGUCUUUGGGAAGUGGCGAGAGCGCGCCGCUGCUGCUCGAGCAUUCCUCCCACUUUCGCAACCCUCUUCAGUCUUCUCGAGAGGUUUUGGGUUGCAGAGUUAUUUAUUCAUGGGUGUCAAAUGCCAUUAGUACGGUUGGGCAACAGGUUCAACUUCAGAGUAGCUCUGCAGUUGAGGAGCAAGUAGACCCGUUUUCUCUUGUUGCUGAUGAACUGUCGAUUCUCGCGGAUCGUUUGAGGUCCAUGGUAGUUGCGGAGGUUCCUAAGCUUGCCUCAGCUGCAGAGUAUUUUUUCAAAUUGGGAGUUGAAGGAAAGAGAUUUAGACCCACAGUCCUUUUGUUGAUGGCAACGGCUCUAGACUUACCAAUCCAAAGGCAAAUAUCUGAGGCUGCAGUUAAUACCCUGUCUUCAGAGUUGCGUACAAGACAACAGUGUAUUGCUGAGAUCACAGAGAUGAUCCAUGUUGCUAGCCUCCUCCAUGAUGAUGUGUUGGAUGAUGCUGAUACAAGGCGGGGUAUCGGCUCUUUGAACUAUGUUAUGGGAAAUAAGUUAGCGGUGUUGGCUGGAGAUUUCCUGCUAUCUAGAGCUUGUGUUGCUCUUGCUUCCUUGAAAAACACAGAGGUUGUUUCUCUCCUGGCUAAAGUCGUGGAACAUCUAGUCACUGGUGAGACCAUGCAAAUGACUACUACAUCUGAUCAACGCUGCAGCAUGGAAUACUAUAUGGAGAAGACGUACUACAAAACUGCAUCAUUGAUAUCCAAUAGUUGUAAGGCUAUUGCCCUUCUUGCUGGACAAACGGCAGAUGUUUCAAAUUUGGCUUUUGAGUACGGCAAGAACUUGGGGUUAGCAUUUCAGUUAAUCGAUGAUGUUCUUGAUUUCACCGGCACAUCAACUUCCCUCGGGAAGGGAUCCUUGUCAGACAUUCGCCAUGGGAUUGUUACCGCUCCUAUAUUGUUCGCUAUUGAGGAAUUUCCUGAACUUAGGUUGAUUGUCAACCAAGGAUUUGAAAAGUCUUCAAAUGUGGACCGGGCUCUAGAAUAUCUCUCAAUGAGUAAUGGAAUUCAGAGAACCAGAGAGCUAGCAGCAAAGCAUGCUAGCCUUGCAUCAGCUGCAAUCGAUGCCCUUCCGGAAAAUGAGGAUGAGGUUGUGCAGAGGUCGAGACGGGCGCUUGUAGAAUUAACGCAUUUAGUCAUCACCAGAACAAAGUAGAACAGAUAUACAAAUAUGAUUUAGAUCAUUCUGGAAGUCGCAAGAUCGUAUCUAGGACAAUUUUCCCUCUCCUGUUUUCGGUUGCACAAGACAAGUGUUAAUUCGAUCCAUCAUUUCCCCGAAUAAAAAUGUCUUCCACAUGAAA